CUGCCUGCCUGCCCGCCAGCCCGCGCGCCCGCUCGGCUGUCUGUCUGUCUUCCCGCCGCCAGCCCCGGUGCAUUGGCCUGGCCUCUUCCGGCCCCCCUCCCUCCCAGACACUGAAGUGGGGGUGCAGCGUGUCCCGGGCAGAGCUUACGGGGCGCACACGGCUCAUGAGGCUCUCCGGCGCGGGGGGCGCGGGCCGACCAUGGGGGGCAGCCUGCGGGUGGCUGUUCUGGGAGCUCCAGGAGUGGGCAAGACGGCCAUCAUCCGCCAGUUCCUAUUCGGUGACUAUCCCGAGCGCCACCGACCCACGGAUGGUCCCCGCCUCUACCGACCCGCCGUGCUGCUCGACGGCGCCGUCUACGACCUGAGCAUCCGCGACGGCGACCUGAGCAUCCGCGAUGGCCACAGCCCGAGCCCAGGAGAUCGCGAGGAGAGUCCCGACUCUAAAGACUGGAGUUUGCAGGACACCGACGCCUUCGUGCUCGUCUACGACAUCUGCAGCCCGGAUAGUUUUGAUUACGUGAAGGUCCUGCGGCAGCGCAUCGCAGAGAACAGGCCGGCGGGCGCGCCAGAGGCACCCAUCCUCGUGGUAGGCAACAAGAGGGACAGGCAACGGCUGCGCUUCGGACCUCGGCGUGCGCUGGCGGCGUUAGUGCGCAGGGGCUGGCGCUGUGGCUACCUCGAGUGCUCCGCCAAGUACAACUGGCACGUGCUGCGCCUCUUCCGUGAGCUCCUGCGUUGCGCCCUGGUGCGCGCGCGGCCUGCGCAUCCGGCGCUGCGCCUGCAGGGGGCGCUGCAUCCGGCGCGCUGUAGCCUCAUGUGACCACUGGACUGGAUGGACAAAGAUGAUCCAACUAACUGCGGCUUGGAGCAGGAAAUCGCCUCCCAAGGAAAGCACUCAUCCAGUCUCCUGGGCGACAGGCUUCACUUUUAAACUUCACCGCGACCCAGAGAUCCCCAUUGGAAGAGGUCAGUCCUGUCUGGGACCUCGUUGGGUCAUGACCCCAACUAGCUGGAUUCAAAAGGACUUGGAUAUUUAUGAAACUGAUUGGAAGUACUCACGCUGCUCCUAGAGCUUCCUUGGAGACAUUUUUUUAAGUCAUGCCGCACGAGGUAAUAAAAGUAAAAAUCAAAAAAACAAAAAACAAAAAACAAAAAAAAAACAG